AAAAUGAUGAUUCAUAUUCAACGUUUAAUUUUGACUAUUGAAACUCGAGCUCAUAAAGGACUUCUUCGGAUUGCAAUAAAUGGACUUAAAGAUGAUGAUGGGAAGCCAGUAACUGAAGGACAGAGAAUUGGCAGUCAACACAAAGCUUUGGACAUUUUGAUUUGGAUCUUAGAGGAAUGGAAGUCUAAUGUGCACUCUUCCGAACUUCAAAAGCUUACACGAAACGCUAUCGAUCUCUUCUCUGAUUUGUUGUUAGACUCAAUUCCUUCUAUUUUACAAAAUGUUUAUGUCAAUUCGUCUUCACGAACAAUUUCUCAUAAAUGGACUAUUCUUUUGUGUGACUUUAUUCAAAUAAUUCAGUGGCUACCGACUGGACUUUCUUUAAACAAAGCUUUUCAAUUCAUGAACACUUUAUUUGUUGAAUUAACUAAAUUAUUGGAAAAUUUGUUCAAGGUUCAACCUGCUAAUUCUCUGCAUUGGCUUUUUGUUUUAAUUGGUUGUGUUGUUGAGUUGGCAGAUUCUGCUGAUAAAUUGAUGCAAAAAUGCGUUGAAAUAUUGACACUUAUUUGUCGAAGUUGGUCUAAACAAUGGACAAACAGUUUACACAGCAAAUUGUCGAGAGAAUAUGGACCUUCUGGAUUUAUUUUUGAAGAGACAAUAUUUGAUUUUCCUCUAAAAGUCUCCUCGGCAGUCUCUGGAGUUCUUCAACCUCCUUCUACAACACAUUUAGAUCAACAACAAUCGAAUUUGAAGAAGGGAUGUCUCAGCAAACAUAAAGCGUCAAAAGGUUCAACAUCUUUUACUUCCCAACACCCAAAACUUGUUUAUGCUUCACUUAAGCCUUCAUUUGAUGAAAUAUAUACUGAGGACAAGCAACAGAUCUUUGGAAAACAACUCCCUCAGCAAACACUUUCCAGCAAUGGACAAAUUCUCCAAUUUAUGACUUUGGCAAUUCUAAUUUGA